AUGAACUCGCCCUUCCCUGCCUCCGCCUCUGCACCUGGAGAUGGAGCAAUCACCGUAAAACGACUGCCUAAUGGCCAUUCACAUCUCGAGGGAAUCACCUACCAGUACCCUCUCAAGCUCAUCUCCCCUCCCCGGAACCACCAGCAGGACAAAUCCGUCCUCGUCUUCCUCCUCUCCUACGGAGGUGGUCUCGUGGGCGGGGACAAAGUCAACCUGACCAUCGAGGUACAGCGUGAUUCGCGCCUUAGCAUCGUCACGCAGGGCCACACCAAGAUAUUCAAGUCCGCCACCCCGGACAUUGUCACCCGCCAAACCCUGAACGUGGAAAUCGAAGACGGCGCGGCCCUAUGCCUGCUCCCAGACCCGGUUCAGCCCUUCGCCGAGAGCGUCUACGAGCAGACGCAGAUAUUUCGGCUCCGGGGCGAGAAGGCGUCGUUGUGCCUGCUGGACUGGGUCACGCAGGGCAGGAGCGCCCGCGGCGAGGACUGGGACCUGGUCAAGUGGAUUGGGCGCAACGAGGUCUGGUGGUCCUCCGGCACCGCCGCCACGGGCCAGUCCAAGGGCAGACUCCUCGUCCGCGACGCCGUCAAGCUUGACGGCAGGGCGUCUCUUUCCGCGGUGGUCAAGGACCUCAGGGCCACAAUGCAUGGGUUGAGCAUCUUCGGCACCCUCAUCCUGCGCGGCCCGCUGACCAAAUCCCUGGGCGAGUUCUUCGUGGCCGAGUUUGCGGCCCUGCCGCGCAUCGGCGCGCGGGACUGGCGGACGGAGGAGGCCAAGCGGCUUGCGGAGGAUGAGGAGGGCAAGGACCCGCACGUGGUGUGGCGCGAGGAGAGGCUGGAGAUGGAAAAACAGGAGAAAGUCCUCUGGUCAGCAGCCAGUGUGAGGGGCUGCGUGGUGGUUAAGUUCGGGGCGGCCACCGUCGAGGCCGGGAGAAUGUGGAUUGCGUCUAUGCUUGUGAAAGAGGGUAGUGUUGAAGAGCAUUUUGGGGACCAGGCAUUGAUGUGUGUGCGAUGA